AUGUCAAACAUACCGCCCAAAGUCAUUUCUCAUCUUAUCCAAGAAGCAAACCAAGAUCCCCAACUCCCCCGUGAAAAUCCCACAGAAGCCUUUUGGCAACUUCCCCCAUCGCCACUUUCCACUCACCAAUCCCCAGCACUCCCUGCUCAAACUACCUAUGCCAUCAUCGGCUCAGGCGUAACCGGCUGCAGCGUAGCGAAAACCCUCCUGGAAAACCUCCCAUCAGACUCUCAAGCCACCGUCACAGUCCUCGAAGCGCGGUCCCUUUCAAGCGGAGCAACAGGGAGAAAUGGCGGACAUUUGGUUUCGCCCCUGCCUGAGGAGUUUACGAGUUUCGAGAAAUAUCUGGGUAAAGAAGAGACUACCAAGGUGGCGAGGUUUGCAAAUCGAACGCUCGAAUCCAUGUAUGCUUUGGCGGAGGAGGACGAGGAGUUGAGUAGAGUUUCUGAGGCGAGGAGGGUCAAAUCUGUGUGCGCGAUAUACGACCAGGAGUUAUUCGAGGAGACGAAAAAAUCUGUGCUACGGUAUGAGGAGUGUUUGCCGGAGCAGAAAGGUGAUAAUGAGUUUUUUGGGCCGGAUGAGGCGAGGGAUAAGUGGAACAUGAAAGAUGCUGUGGGCGUAAUAACCAACAGCGCCGGCGCCUUCUGGCCCUACAGACUCAUCACAGGCCUCUUCUCGCGCCUCUUAUCCAGAUACCCAACACGCUUCUUCCUCGAAACCCAAACUCCAGUCACCAGCAUCUCUCCGACUGCCUCGUCCAACCCAGAAUACCCCUACACCCUCCACACCCCUCGCGGUCCCCUCCUCGCCACCAACAUCAUCCACUGCACAAACGGCUACACCUCGCACCUCCUCCCCUCCCUCCGCGGCAAAAUCUGGCCUUUGCGAGGUACCAUGUCCGUCCAAACCCCUGCUCCCUCUUUUCCCAAAGAUAUCAACAACCCCAACAAAACCACCUCUUUCCUCAAAUCCUGGAGCACCCUCACCAAAUCCCACUACGACGCCUCCACAGGCCAGUUCGAAUACGGUUUGUAUUACGUGACGCAAAACGCCCACUCGGGAGAUUUGUUCGUCGGAGGGGAAAGGCAAUUGUUGGAAAACGAAUUGUUGACGUCGGAUGAUACGCAGACGAGUGCGAUUUCGGAGGCGACUUUGCGGAGUGUGUUGGGGAGAAUUUAUGAAAAGGGUGGUGGUGGUGGGGAACAGGAACAAGAACAAGAACAGGUGGUGGUGAAGAGUCUCUGGAGUGGCAUCAUGGGCUUCACGCCGGAUCAUGUUCCGUGGGUAGGGAAAUUACCGGAGUCUGUGGCGUCGCAUCAUGGGCAUUAUUUGAGAGAAUACAUCGCAGCAGGAUUCAACGGAUACGGUAUGCCGCUCUGUUGGGGUUGUGGAGAGGCCGUGGCGAAAAUGUUAUUAGGCCAACAAGAUGAAAUUUCAGAAUGGUUUCCUGGGAGUUUUAUGAUUACGGAGCAGAGAUUGGCGAGUCCGUGGACGAGUACUGAGGCGGGAAUUUAUAACAUGUUGGUUCAGGAACCGCCUUUGUCUGUGCGUGAGAGGCUUGCAAGCUGCCGUGAAGAGUUGAGUUGA